AUGCGUAACGAGCGCAACGCCCGCCUGGAGCAGCAGGUCUUGGUCACCAUUGUGGACGUGAACGACAACGCGCUGCUGCAGCCCUUCGACGGCGCGGUGCUGGAGAACACGGACAGCACGCUCAUCACCACCAUCCAGGCCGUGGACAAGGACGCCUCCCCAGAGUACAGGAAGACCAACGGGGAGCUGUGGACGACGGGACCGCUGGACCGGGAGGAGGUGAGCCAGUACCGCGUGCCCAUCCAGGUGACCGACGGCGUGCCAGAUCACGAGCGCAUGACCACCUACUGGAUCACGGUGCAGGACCUCAACGACGUGGCGCCCCAGUUCGACCUCUCGCAGGGGGUGUACGAGGUACAGCUGCCCGAGAACAGGGAAGCCGGCAAGCCCACGGGGAUACGCCUGGCCGUAGAUGACCAGGACAUAGUCAAUCACUUCACGUUCGAAAUCGUCGAGGGAAAUGAAGAGAGAAAAUUCCGGAUCGACCCGCUGGUGAACAAGCCGCUGGACUACGACUACCCCGUGAUGGACUGAAACGUGAGUCCCCUUGUAGGGAUAACUAGCUUGAGGGGUGCCGAGCUUAUAUUAGGCAGUCUCCCAGUACCCUUGGCGGCUAGGGCGUGAGGACUUCCUUGUUUACCGUAGUCCCACCAGUGAAGUAACUUUAGUCUUUGCACUGCUGGCUGAAUGGUGCCUGAUGGGGAAAAUAUCAAACCCUGAGCGUGGAUUUGAUGUUUUUAUGACGUCAGUAAAGUAUUUAUGAGAGUUCGGGAUUUUUAUAUUUUGUAGCUAGGGCGCGAGCAAUACCAAACACGGGGUAGUUAUUUUCAUGAUGUUAUUAUGGUAUUCAUGGGUGUUUGGGACCUUUUGGAGCUGAGCCACGAUUUACGUGCUGGGUUUGUCUGUAAAAAAACAAAGCUACAUUUCCACAAUUAGUCCCUUCUCCCAAUC